AUGUCCAAUUCUCAGUCGGUGAAAGUGAUGCAUGCUAAAAGUUCUCGACGGAAUAAUGAUCAUAACUAUUGUCAUUCUGAAAAUGAAUCAAAGAAAACGGCUGGUGCUCGUAUCAUACGAAUCACACGGCUUGGUGAUAAUCAGUUGCUAGUUGGGAAUGGCAGUUCGGUGUAUUCAUCAACAAUACUACCUAGAAGAAGUAAAGAGAAAACAACAAUGAAAACAUUAUCAUCAUGUAUUUCUCAAUCUCCACUGCUGUCAAAUAUUACUAAUCAAGAUCAACUGCAGCUAAACGACAGUCAUUCUCAAGACUCGGACAGCAUACAAAUACACAAAGAUACAAAACUGCAAAAGUCUUCGAUUCAUCAUGAUAAUGCAUCAUAUGAAUCUCGUCUACGUUCUCAAGAGCAAGUAUUAAUUCCAUCAGAAUCCAAGCCUGUUAAACUUGGGAAACGUUCUUCGUGGCUUUUAUCUCGCAUCCAUCCAUUCCAAGUAUUGAGUCCGCUCGACAAUUUCAACUCAGUUGGUACUAUGAUGCAAGGUUCAGGGAUUACUAUCAAUUCUAAUAAAAUUAGAGAACCUCAAGGUACUCAUAUACCUCGUUUCGCUAAAGGUACUCGAGAUUAUAAAGAGAAAAAGGAUACACGACGGCGACGUUACUGUCAAAGAUUGUUUGCCGGUUGCUGUUCGCCCUGCUGUUGUCUGAUAACAGGUCUUCUCUUGGCUCUCCUUCUUGUUGGUCUUGCAAUAUUAAUUGCUUUGUUGAUGAACACGAAACAGAAUCCUACCACGACAACAAAUGGUUCAACAAAAGCAAUGAACACAUCGAUGACAAAUACUAGUACUACAAUUACUUCAACGACAAGUACCAGUAGUACAAGUAAAUCAACGACAAGUACUAGUAGUACAAGUAUAUCUGCUGCUAGUACUUCCACAAAGACUAGCACAACCUCAACAACAAAGACUACAUUGACAACUACCACGACUACAACAACUACAACCACAAAACCUUAUUGUACAACACGUAUUACAUUUGAUGAUAUUUUUAAUCAAUCAGCAACGUCAGGUAUUGUUCCUAAUGGGUAUAACAAUCUCAAUUGGACAAAUGCCGUAUAUGUGAAUACGUCAACAAUGCCACUAAGUGGCUAUCUGUAUGCUGUUACCUCCGUACCUUAUGUGGCUACUAAUCCAGGAGGAGUCAUGAUGCAAAUAACAUCAGCUAAUGGUACAUCAUUUUCUUUUGACUCAAUGACUAUUACGGCUGCUUGGCGAAAUAAUCUUGCUUGGACUAUAUAUGGUUAUCGUUCUGGUGUUAAUACGCUGGCUGGUAGUUUUGCUUUAAAUGUGCUAAAUAGAACAACUGCUACAUGUGGUAGCUGCACUAAUUACGAUACACUUUAUUUUGGAACAUCAGGUGGGACACCAUAUCCUGGUUUGGCCAAUAAUGGAACAGAAUUUGCUUUUGAUGAUUUAUGUAUUUCAUUUGACUACUAA